AUGGCCAUGACAACGCGCGCAACUACCCCAUCGCAUCCCGAACAGUUCGCCGCGCUCGAGGGAGCGCCCCGCACACCGACGUCCAUAUCGUCUGGCUCCGUGCCGCCGACCACCACCAGCGGCGCAGUGGGGAAGUCGGGUCUCCUGCGACCGACUCCGUCGCAGAGGGCGGGCAUUGCAGGUGCUGAGCUACCGCUCUCGCCCAAGUCGAAACAGGCGCGUUUGUCGCCCGGAAGGGCAGCGACGCUAACGGGCGCUGCCGCGAUGGCGGAGCUGAAGAGGAGGAAACAGCAGCAGCAGCAGUCGCAGAAGAACUCGGGCGGUGAAUCUGGCGACCGGCAGACGAGCCCCAACCCAGCUGUGGCGGCGAUGCAGUCACUGAUGGGCCCGGGCGGCAUGAGCAGAGUGGCAGACGCGCCGGCUCCGGAUAAAUUGAGCGAGCCGCUGCGCGAGGCGGCCGAGAAAAUCUCGGUGCCUGACAACAACUCGCAGCAGGACUCGGACGAGGUCAGUCCUGCCAGUCUCGGGAGCUUUGGCACGCUCGAGAGCACGGGCGGGGCCAGCGCCAUGACAGCCACAGCCACAGCCAACGACCACACUUCUGCCCCAGGCCAACAAUUUGUGGCUGAGCCCUCCGACAUGGCUGACGGAGAGACAUAUCCGCAGAACACCGGCAACGGGAACCUCGCCGUGCCCGACCAAAACGGCAACAAAGCAAUCUCCUACUCCUACCCCGGGCCGCCACCUCAGCCCGACCCGAAUGAGGAGGGCAGCGGUCCGUCACGCGGCAUGAGCCUGCCGCGGUACGGCCGGGGCAGCAGUCCCAAAUCACCAGCCUCCAAUAAGCGACACAGAUGCCCCUACUGCGCGACCGACUUCACCCGCCACCACAACCUCAAGAGCCACCUGCUUACUCACACUCAAGAGAAGCCCUAUGUGUGUCAAACCUGCCAAGCCCGCUUCCGCCGCCUGCACGAUCUCAAACGCCACACCAAGCUGCACACCGGCGAACGCCCACACACCUGUGACAGGUGCGGCAGAAAAUUCGCACGUGGUGACGCACUCGCACGGCAUAACAAAGGGCCGGGAGGCUGUGCAGGUCGUCGCUCGAGCUUUGGCGGCGACGACGACGACGCUGAAGGCCAGGGCGAGAGCAUGGAUGGAGUCGAGUACGACGACGGCAACGACGAACAGGGACGACGGAUCAGCGAACCCAACCGGAAACGCCAGCAGCUCGAGACUCCCGAAGACCCCAACAGACAAGUCUACCGGCAGCCCUCGAGCACUUAUCCUCCUGCUCCCACUCGAAGCAUGGGUGGGAGCGUGGGUGGGAGCAUGGGGCCGCCACAGGUCAUUCACCCCGGAUCGAGCAGCGUAACCUCGCCGCGAGAGAUGUCUGGACAGCGCAGUCCGGCAGGUGGGUCCUCCGUCGGCUCUACGUACUAUGGGUCAGGACAGGUCUUCGCUGAGCCAGGUGUCAUGAUGACAUCGUCGCCGAAGCCCCUCUCGCCUGGCCAGCCGCCUGAUCAACACCGGCUCAGUGUUGGUGAUGGUAGCAACAUGAACCGCAAUCGGUCCACGAGCUUGACAACACAGUUCCAGCAACAGCACUUUGGCCGACAGCCUGGAAGCGUGGGUGGAGGAAGUGUUGGUGGCAGUGGCGGUGCCAGGACGCCUCCGCCACCCAAUGUGCAAAAUGUUCAGUUUCCUCAGAACCAAGGUGUGCAGCCCAACAUACUGCCCCCACUGGGCUCGGGCAAUCAGGUCGGCUCCCGCGGACCACCCCAGAUGACUGGAGGAGCUGCACCGAACAUGCACCAACACCCGCCACAGCAACACCACCCCAAUCAAGGCUCGAAUCCAGGCAGCCUGUCGAGCCAUGGUCGAUCAUCGGGAAGCAGUCUCCGCGACAUGACCCAAGAUCCGAAUGACAUCUGGGGAUAUGUUCGACAACUCGAGUCGCGCUUCAGUAGAAUGCAAGACGAAUACGAGUUGCGCAUCAGCCGCCUGCAGGAGGAGCUAAUAUCACUCCGCGGACAGGUCGGCCAGAUCUCCAACGCGGCGAGUUAUAGCAGCGAGAUGGGCCAGCCGCGGGCCUAUUGA